UGUCAUUGACUGAACAUGUCAUUCCAUCCUUGUUGUGUUUUUUCUUCCAUUGUGGCCGCAAUUCCUUAUUUACGAGCGUUGUUGUGCACUAAAAUGAAAGGAUAAUUUUCACAAGACGGAGGCGCAGAUCAGCUGUUGGGUGCUUCGAACAGCGAGGAGGAAGUGAUGCAGAAAAAUGCCCGUAAUGAAGCUCCACUAAAAAGGGGAAGCACAAAGAAAUAGGCUGCUGUAUUUUUUAUUUUUUUUUGCUGUAGUCUCUAAUAAUUCCUUUUAACGAAUGGCCACUAAUUGAAGACACAUUUUUAACAGACGCUGUUUAAAUGCAGCGGCUUAUUGCAUUGUGUCACUAAGCUGCCAACGAUGUAUACAUUGUGAACUUAUUAUUUCUAGCUGCCUGCUAGCUCUGCAAGCUAACGCGACGAGUUUGCCUCUUCUUUAUUUCUGCUCUUACUUUUAACGGAUAACCUUUUUUUUGUCCUUUUUUAUGGUGGUUUCAUUCCACACGAUAGAGGUUGCUGGAGAAGAUGUCAAAGUCACAGUGAUGGAAAAGCCUAGAGAGCGACUGUGAUCUUUGCCAAUGCCAUCUGAGGAAGUAGUUCGCCUUGAAGGUAUGUUGAGACAGUUGGACGGGCCAGAGCAGAGGCGUCUAGGUGGUUCCGACGGGGACUGAAUGCGAGGGGGACUGACGGAAAGGUGACCAGGCAGGAAGACAUGGGCCAGUGUGUCACCAAGUGCAAGAAUCCGACGUCUUCGCUCGGCAGCAAGAGUGGCGACAAGGAGAGCGGGUCCAAGUCCCACCACAAAAAAGGCAGCUACGCUGGUAGUGGGGGAGGCCACAAGGAGGACCCCAGCGCCCCGAACAGCAGCAGCAAGCCCGGCAACGAGCUUUCGAAUGGCACCAAGGCCCUUGAGGUUACCGUGGAGACACCUGUUAUCCCGACAUUAAUGGGAGAACCACGUGAUGAGAACAUGGAUGGAGACGGGCUGUCCAUAAAGCACAUCGAGGAGCUGUUUUGCUGCUACAAGGAUGAGCAGGAGGAUGCCAUCUUGGAGGAAGGCAUGGAGAUGUUUUGCAACGACCUGUGUGUGGACCCGGCAGAGUUCCGUGUGCUCGUUCUUGCCUGGAAGUUUCAAGCAGCAACCAUGUGCAAGUUUACAAGAAAGGAGUUUGUUGAGGGCUGCAAGGCAAUCCAGGCAGACAGCCUUGAAGGAAUCUGCUCCCGCUUCCCCUACAUGCUACUGGACGCCCAGGGCGAGGAGAACUUCAAGGACCUGUACCGCUUUACCUUCCAGUUUGGCCUGGAUGCAGACGAGGGCCAGCGCUCGCUGCAGCGGGACAUUGCCAUUGCACUGUGGCGCUUGGUGUUCACCCAGGACAUGCCGUCUAUCCUGGAGCACUGGUUGGACUUCCUGGCGGAGAACCCCUCAGGCGUUCGGGGCAUCUCGAGGGACACUUGGAACAUGUUCCUGAACUUCACCCAGGCUAUCGGGGCCGACCUGAGCAACUACAGCGAGGACGAGGCCUGGCCCAGCCUUUUCGACACCUUUGUGGAGUGGGAAUUGGAGCGCAGGAAAAAAGAGGAGGCAGUAAUGUCGAAAGACGAAGAGGGACCGCUGACAGAGACGGAGAGUUCGCCCAGCACAGACAGACUCGCAACAGAGGGCAGUCGUGGAUCACAGACAUGGGGGGGGCACUGACCAGCGAACAAGAGAACAUUUGUAAGGGAGGAAACAUUUAUGUGAAAUGCACAUUUGUCAACCACGGGAGGAAUAUUAGAAUUACCAUUACAGCUGGUCAUUUUUCUGUUGCAAUGGUAUUCCUGCUUUGCAUAUUUUAUAAGAUUUGUGUUUCGAAAGGGCUCUAUGAACUGACAUGUUAAGCACUUCUAUUUAAGUUAUUGCUCUAACCCUGCGCUCUGUGUUUUUAAGUGACAAGGCUUGGGGUCCAUUUUUACUUGCACCUACCUACCAUAAUACAUCAAACUCGGCUAAACUAAAAAAAAACAAAAAGCCAUAACAUUACUGUUAUAUAAAUUAUUCAUUUUGAGAUGGUCACACUGCUGAUUUGUUUUGUAUCUUAAAGAAGGGAAGGGGGGCGCCCACAGUUUUUUAAGUUUGAGGUUGUAUUGUUUGCUUCUAUCUUGCAGUGCUGUGAGUAUGAAUUAGUAUUGCCUUCACCACUAUCGGCCUGCAACAACAUGGAAAACAGAUACACUAUUCCUAGGGCAUUUUAUACCAGGGAAUAAAUUGUUUUAGUUUAAUUUUCACCCCCACCAAUGACUGUUGAAAAUCCUAUUUCCAUGGUAACUGACCCCACACUUCAAUUUUGGAUUGUGUUUGAGUUACGACUGAGCUUUGUCUACAACGCUCCCUAUUGACCUCUUGACAUCUACAAAUGUCCAUUUCCUUUCAAGAAGCAGCCAAGUGUCGACAACGCAAUGACGCUGCCUUUUCACGGAAACCCAAAUCUGCUGACGCUACGUCAUUUCUUGUCAGAUGCUGUUACAUUCAAAGCUUAAUGAUGUUUACCUCCAGGCAGUCAAGGUUUGACACAGCCUGUACAAGUGCACAUGUCACAAUGUUGACUAAGCAUGGUUCUGUCUAAUAAGAUUGCACAAAAUUCUUAUGGAUGGCAUGCGAGGGCACGAUACUUGCAGCACUUGGCACAAAUUGAUGUCAGCUGAAUUAAUUCCAUUCAAACCUUUCACAGAGUACAAUAUUAGACACGGGUGUUGACAGGUGAAUAAGUGCUUACCUGUCUGCUAUCAAUGGAGUGGUGAGUGGGUGAGCAAAACCGGAUUUUAGUUUACAGCCACAACCUCAUCUUAUCCUUUUUAUAUGAACUGUAUUGAUUUAUAAUUAAUAAACACAGUGUUGAACUUUU